AUGUCCCUAAAGUUUAGCGACAUUGGAUUUAAUGGAAAUGGAAGUGCACAUUGCCUUCACUGUACAUCUAAGAGAAUAUUAGUCACUUGUAUAGCAAAAGUGGAGUCAUCUGUUGAUGGUGUGAUUGUUAACAGAAGUAUCUUUAUACCAAUAAUUCCACCCAAUCUAUUGUGCAGAUCUUUCGUCAAGUCAUUCAUCCAAGGUUUUCUACCUGGGAUUGCUUUGAAGAUCUUUCUCAUAGUAUUGCCAAGGAUACUGAUGCUGAUGUCCAAAUUUGAGGGCUGGGGAAGUAUAUCAGCUUUGGAAAGAAGAGCUGCAUCUAAAUAUUACAUCUUUAACUUUGUGAAUGUGUUUCUUGGAAGCAUAAUUGCAGGAGCUGCAUUUGAUCAGCUAAAUACUUUUAUUCAUCAGUCAGCAAAUGAAAUACCUAAAACAAUCGGUGUUGCUAUCCCAAUGAAAGCAACUUUCUUCAUAACUUACACAAUGGUUGAUGGGUGGGCCGGUAUUGCUGGAGAGAUCCUAAGGUUAAAGGCACUAAUACUCUUCCAUUUGAAGAACUUUUUCUUGGUCAAAACUGAAAGGGAUCGAGAAAAGGCGAUGGAUGGAAGCCUCAAUUUCAACACUGGAGAACCGCAGAUACAAUUAUACUUCUUGUUGGGCCUUGUCUAUGCUAUAGUCACACCAUUUCUGCUUCCUUUCAUACUGGUGUUCUUUGCCCUGGCGUAUUUUGUGUUCCGUCAUCAGAUUAUAAAUGUAUACCAUCAAGAGUAUGAAAGUGGAGCAGCAUUCUGGCCAGAUGUUCACGGACGUAUAAUAUUCGCUUUGGUCUUCUCUCAGAUAUCUUUACUGGGAUUGCUUAGUACAAAACGCGCUGCUCAAUCAGCACCUUUUCUUAUUGCCCUUCCAGUAUUGACUUUAUCUUUUCACUACUUCUGUAAAGGGCGCUACGAGCCAGCUUUCACCAGAUACCCAUUGCAGGAAGCAAAGAGGAAAGAUACUAUAGAACAAGCCAAAGAAUCCAAACUUAACUUGAAAUACUACCUUCAAAAGGCUUAUUUACAUCCUGUUUUUAGAGGUGAUGAUGAAGAUGACAAUGAGGAUGUCAAUGAUAAGUUGGAGAGUAAUGAUGUUGAGUUGAUCCCAAUGAAGCGUCAUUCAAGAGGAAAUACUCCAGGGCCAAGCAGGAUAAGUGGCGCCAGUCAAGAGGAAAUGCUCCAGCACCAAGAAGAAUGAGUGCCAACUCUUCUACAUCAUUUUUUCGAUUUUACUGACUGACCAUACACAUUAAGUGCUUUGUUUAUUCUGGAUGUGAGAUUUUUACUCUUUGUACACAAGAGAGUUAAAUGUAAAUUGAGAUCAUGCCAAUGUAGCUAAUAAGUUUGGACAUGCUCCUUCUUACUUGAAUGAGCAAGAGUUGUCUGAGACCAUAUGUUAUAGAGUUGAUGAUGGUUUUCCACUAAGAUGUGAAGUUUGGUAGACUGGUCUUGUGCAAACUAAAAUGUUCAUGUA